AAAAAGAUUCCCUUAAUAUGCAUUUCUAAACUUUCUUAGAUGAGCCCAUUAAAUAGUCCUCUUACCAUUAAUUAUAACAAGAAGGUAUUUUAUGCUUAACUAUUCAAUCAGUCAAUGAAUAAAAAGAAUAAAAAGUUAAAUCUGAUAUUUAGAGCCUUGAGUAAAUUUGGGUUUCAUGGUUAACCCAAUAACAGAUGUCUUAAAUAUAAACUGAUGAAAUUUAAAAGAAAAGUGAGGCAAUAGAUGUAGAAUGUACAUAAGAGACUAAUGUAUUUGUAUUUAUUAUAAGAUAGGCAGUUGAGAAGAAUGCUUAACUUAAAAACUUCUUUGAAACACUUAAAUCAAGGAUAAUCAAUGAAAAAUUAUAUUGUACAAUGACUUAAACAUAAAUCACUCAAUUUUUUGAAGAAGCCACAACACAAAUUUAAAACAAAAUCAAACUCUAUGAAGACAUCUAGAAAUUAAAAUUGCUAUAAAAUUAUCCAAGUAUAAUAUAUUUUUAAUAUUCCUUUUAGCAAAUACUAAGAGGACUUAUUCUAAAUCUGCUAACAUGAUACUCAAAAAAUGGUUGAUUGAAAAUUAUAACAAUCCUUAUCCAAAACCUUAAUAGAUAGAGUAAUUAGUAUAAUAAACUAAUUUAACAAACAAAUAGGUAUUAAUAUUCAUCAUUUUUUAUAGGUUUUAAAUUGGUUUAUUAAUGCUAGAAAUAGUCUUAAAAAUAAAGCAAGUUAAGACAAGAAAUUUAAGCACAUCGUUGAGUGUAAAUUCAAAGAACUUGCUAUAAUAAAAAAAAAAAAAAAAGAACUAAGUAUUUGA